CGGCCCUUCCUGGAUCUGCAUUCUGCAUUGCGCAUGUCUACUUUCGUGCUUGCUUCAGGCUCAAUACGACGCCGUCGCUGCUGGAAUUCCCUUUCUUUCUUUUGAAACAUUAACCGUUGACAUUUUGCUAUGCUAGCUUCCUCCGCUCAUCAAAUCCUCAAGUGGCAUCUUGGUAAUUUCCAAUGCUUAUAAACCCUGUCCUUUUUUAACCAGGACCGGCAAACUGGCAAACGGAAGAGGGAAACCAAUUGUGGCUGCGCUGGGGUUCGGCGGCGGCGGAGGCGGCAGCAGCUACGCUAUCGACAAUAUCGACGAGGUUUCGCAAAUGUGGCUGAACCCUCACUCACUACCCUGAAUCCUCCUCCUCCUACUCUUCCAAUUAAAUUAAUAAUACGGUAGUAAUUAUGCUUAUUUCACUCAGAAAUCUAGCCAAAUCCAAGGCCAAUACCAACUGCUCCCUCUGCUGCUCCUCCGCCGCCAUCCUCGAUGCCACUUUUCUCCUCACCACUACCGCCGCCGCUGCUGCCACCAGAACCAGCAGCAUUAGCGGUUGUUGUUCCUUCAGUUUCGGCCCCAACGCUCCCCCUCCCCCCGCUCCUUUUUCAACCUCAGCUCGCUUGACUCCGGCAAGGGACGUGGUCCUCUCUUUCAAAGAAUGGUUCAACACCCGCAACGACGCCUUAUUCGACCGCAUCUUCCUCAUCCUCAAAUCCUCCACCGACGACGACGUCUUGGCCCUCUCCCAUCUCAGCGUCCGCCUCUCGGAGUCCUUCGUCCUCGAGGUCCUACGCUACGGCAGCAACGACCAUGACGUCCUCUCCUGCCUCAAGUUCUUCGACUGGGCCGGCCGCCAGCCCGGCUUCCACCACACCCGCGCCACCUUCAACGCCAUCUUCAAGAUCCUUUCCAAGGCCAAGCUCAUGUCCCUUAUGCUCGACGUCCUCUCCACCUACAGCAAGCAGAGGUACGCCCACACUGUCCGAUUUCACGACACGCUGGUCAUGGGCUACGCUGUCGCCGGCAAGCCCGACAUUGCUCUCCAACUGUUUGGUAAAAUGCGCUUCCAUGGUCUGGACCUCGAUUCCUUUGCCUACCAUGUCCUUUUGAAUGCUUUGGUGGAGGAGAGUUGCUUUGAUGCCGUUCAGGUCAUUGCCAAGCAGAUUUCUUUGAGGCGUUUUGAGAACGAAAUCACCCAUUCCAUUAUGCUCAAGUGGUUGUGUAAGCAGAAGUUGCUCGAUCAAGCUGAAGCCUAUUUGCGCCAAUUGGUGUCUGACGGCAAGCCCGUCACCGGGCAUGCAGUCAGUGUCCUUGUGGACGCCCUUUGUAAGCAUAAGAAGUUCCAGCAGGCUGGUGAAUUAGUCGAGGAGUUUCGGGACUUGGGGGUGGCUCUCAUGGAGAGUGCUUAUGGUGUGUGGAUACGCGAUCUUGUUCAGGCUGGGAGGUUGGAUGGAGCAUUGGAGUUUUUUCAGAAAAAGAAGUCUUUGGAAGGAUAUAUGCCCGAUGCUUUUAGGUACAAUACUUUGAUAUGUAGCCUUCUGAAAGAGGAUCGCCUCGAGGAGGUUUGUGAUUUGCUGAUGGAGAUGAAGGAGAAUAAGAUAUCCCCUGAUAAGGUCACCAUGAAUGCUGCCUUGUGCUUCUUUUGCAAAGCGGGGAUGGUGGAUGUCGCACUUGAGUUAUAUAAUUUGAGAUCCGAGUUUCAGCUCACGCCUAAUAGUAUGGUUUACAACUGUUUGAUCAAUGUUUUCUGUGGGGAAGGUAGCAUUGACGAAGCGUAUCGAGUUAUGAAGCAUUCUGUGGAACAAGGUUAUUUUACAGGAAGGAAAACGUUUUCUAUUCUGGCAGACUCAUUGUGCCGAGAGGGAAAGAUCGAGAAGAUGAAAGAGUUGGUUACUUUCGCCCUAGAGCGGAACUUUAUGCCAAGUAACUCCACAUAUGAUAAGUUCAUUACAACUCUUUGCAGAACUAAGAGGGUAGAAGACGCGUAUUUGAUACAUGGGGAACUCAAUAGAAUUAACAAGGGUUCUACAAAGAGUAGAUACUUUAGCUUGAUAAAUGGUUUUAACGGGUUGAGCAAGGGGGAUAUUGCUGCCAGACUUCUGAUUGAAAUGCAAGAAAAGGGUCACUUACCGACUCGCAAGCUGUACAAAGAUGUAAUUUGUUGUCUAUGUGAUAUGGAAAAUCCAGAUGAGCAAUUUUUUAAUUUGUUGGAGAUGCAGUUGUCUUGUAGGGAACCCAGCUGUGAUGUAUACAACUUUUUCAUCUACGGAGCUGGGUAUGCCAAAAGGCCCGAUCUGGCUAGACAAGUAUAUGAGAUGAUGCAGCGGAGUGGAAUUCAGCCCAAUUUGAGAUCUGAUGUUAUUAUGUUGCAGAGUUAUUUGAAGGGUGAACGGAUUUCGGAUGCUUUGAACUUCUUCAAUGAUCUGCACGAGAGAAGAAAGGUGUUGGGGAGAAGGCUAUACAGCGCCCUGAUCGUUGGUCUAUGCAAAGCCCAAAAGGCAGAAAUUGCAGUUAACUUCUUGAUGGAAAUGAAAGAGAAGGGAGUGGUUCCAAGCGAUGACUGUUACGAGUUUCUGAUACAGUUGCUCUGCUGGAAUAAAGAAUUUGAUAUGGCAGUAAAUCUCAUAAAUGACUUGGAGAAAGUUGGCCGCCAUAUUACAUCCUUUACUGGUAACAUACUUCUGUUGCAUUCUCUGAAAACUCCAGAGCUCUACAAUUCUUGGGUACGGCUGAGAGAGGAGCAGAAUGAGAUGUCUGGUUGUUCAAUGCUUGGUCUGCUCAUUGGUGCAUUUUCUGGUCGUAUUCAGGUGAGCCAAGAUAUUGGGAAUUUGGAAGAAGUAAUUGAAAAGUGCUUUCCCCUAGAUGUGUUCACACACAAUUUGUUGAUUAGAAGACUAAGCCAGAGCAACAUGGAGCAUGCUUGUGCUUUGUUCGAUAAGAUGUGCCAGAAAGGUUACGAGCCUAAUCGUUGGACUUAUGACGCCAUAGUACAAGGUUUUCUUAAACAUGGGAGGACAUCUGAGGCAAAGAGAUGGGUAGAAGUGAUGUACCGGAAAGGGUUUUAUCCAACAAGGCGCACAAAUCUACUCCUUUAAUUGGAUUUCAUUAAAGUCACUAAUGCUGCAAUGUCUGGCAUCUAAUGGACAUUACACAAGUUUUGCUGCAUGAUAAUAUAUUUCAUACCGUGAAAUUUAAUUUGGUUAAGAAAAGUCGUGAUUCCAAGCAUGCAAGAUUUUAAUUUCUUGCUUUGUAUCAACAAGGAAAUUCGAAAGUUAUGGGUGGAAAGAAUGUGGUAUAUAUUGAUAUAAAUAACUAGAGAGCAAGAAAAAGAAGGAAAAUGAAGACGUCGACAUUGGUGCUUUUCUGAUGAUUGCCGGCUUCGUCCCAAGUGUCUGAUACUGCCAAAGUUCGCAGUUUAUGGACAUCUCGAAGAAUAUCCUCACUCAAUGCACUGAUUGUUGACACGGGUUCAUUCAUUAAUAUAUGCAUUGUGUGGACAAUGAGGCCGUCUUAUGCUUAGAUAGGUGUAAACGUUGAAGUUAGCUGCACAAGCGUUUUCUUGGUCUAGUGAGAUUCUCAUUAAAACUGCUGAUAUGGCAAAAGAAAUGAACAAUUGAGCAAAGCAACGUUACACAUCAAGCUCCCUCAUGUGACGUUUUGCAAGUGCAGCCUCUGCUUCAGUUUCCUCGACAUAUGAUAUGAGAAGAUUCGAUUGGACGAUGAUUUCCAUGCGUCAUCUACAUUUAUUUUAACAAAAGAGGGUGUGGGAGGGGUACAAAUCGCAUUUCUUCUAGUGGCGGCAGGAGCCCUCGUCACUCUGUACCGAUGUUCAAGCAUCUCUGCAAUAGAGAGGGAGAUUCUCCUUAGCUUUGCUAUUGCAUCAGAGUCCUUGAAAAAAGCAUUACACCUUUCCUUCCAUAUCUCCCAACAAAUAACACCCACCAUGAUAGUCGAAUAGCUCUCGCGUCCAUCAGGAGUUGCAGUUGAUCUGAGUGAAGUUUCCAGAAGAAAAAGAAGCAACCUUAUUAACAGAGAGUCUACCAAAUUUUGAGAAGGAAGGCAAAUCCAAAUUUUAGAUUGAAUUGAAACCCUAGCUUAGCAAACUGAA